AUGAGAUUUGGAGAUCUGGUGAGCCAGCCCCUGGGGUUACUGGCUGCGGCUGCCUCAGCCACCACCCCAGCCUCGGCAACCUCCUCAGCCUCAGCAACCUCCCCAGCCUCUGCAACCUCCCCAGUCUCUGCAACCCCCCCAGCCUCAGCAACCUCCCAGUCUCUGCAACCUCCCCAGCCUCUGCAACCUCCCCAGCCUCUGCAACCUCCCCAGCCUCCGCAACCUCAGCCACCACCCCAGCCUCAGCCACCACCUCAGCCUCAGCAACCCCCCCAGCCUCAGCAACCUCCCCAGCCUCAGCAACCUCCCCAGCCUCAGCAACCUCGCCAGCCUCAGCAACCGCCCCAGCCUCAGCAACCUCAGCAGCCUUCACACUGGCCUCAGCACCCCCCCCCCCCCAGCCUCAGCAACCCCCACCCCCAGCCUCAGCAACCUCAGCAACCUCCCCAGCCUCAGCAACCUCCCCAGCCUCCCCAGCCUCAGCAACCUCAACAGCCUCCCCAGCCUCAGCAAUCUCAACAACUUCCCCAGCCUCAGCAACAUCCCCAGCCCCCCCAGCCUCUGCAGUCUCCCCAGCCUCCCCAGACUAGGCAACCUCCCCAGCCUCAGCAACCUCCUCAGCCUCUGCAAUCUCCUCAGCCUCAGCAACCUCCUCAGCCUCAGCAACCUCCUCAGCCUCAGCAACCUCCCCAGACUAGGCAUCCUCCCCAGCCUCAGCAACCUCCUCAGCCUCUGCAACCUCCUCAGCCUCAGCAACCUCCCCAUCCUCAGCAACCUCCCCAGCCUCAGCAACCUCCCCAGACUCAGCAACCCCCCCAUCCUCAGCAACCCCCCCAGCCUCAGCAACUGCCCCAGCCUCAGCAACCACCCCAGCCUCAGCAACCCCCCCAGCCUCAGCAACCCCCCCAGCCUCAGCAACACCCCCAGCCUCAGCAACCGCCCCAGCCUCAGCAACCUCAGCAACAACCCCAGCCUCACCAGCCUCAGCAACCUCAGCAACCUCCCCAGCCCCCCCAGCCUCUGCAGUCUCCCCAGCCUCAGCAACCUCCCCAGCCCCCCCAGCCUCUGCAGUCUCCCCAGCCUCAGCAACCCCCCCAGCCUCAGCAACAACCCCAGUCUCACCAGCCUCAGCAAUCUCAGCAGCCUUCAUGUUAA